AUGGGGCCAUAUAUAGUCGCCAAUAUGUUCGUCCUCCUCGGCCCUACCUUGUUCGCUGCGUCUAUCUACAUGACCCUCGGGCGUCUCAUUCGCCGAGUUGACGGAGAGCACCUUUCACCGAUUCGUGUGUCGCGUCUCACAAAAACCUUCGUCUGGGGCGACGUAUUAUCCUUCAUUGUCCAGGGCAAUUCCUCUUCUCUUUCCGUUCUGGGCUAUGCCACGUGGGGAAAGGUGUGUGUGGUUGCCGGAUUGGCGAUUCAACUGGUGUCAUUUUCCCUUUUCUGGGUAACUGCCAUUGUGUUCGCGAGACGGCUUCGUCGUGCGCCGACCGCACAGUGUCUGAAGCCGGGCAUUCCCUGGAAACGAUCAUUGCACAUGCUCUAUUCUGUCAGUGCUCUGAUUUUGAUCCGUUCUAUCUUCCGGAUCGUUGAAUAUGUCAUGGACAACGACGGAUAUCCCCUGAAGCACGAAUGGACAAUGUAUGUCUUUGACAGUGUGCCGAUGGCUGCUGUCAUGGUGAUCUUCUUCAUUUGGUAUCCUAACCAGAUGAGUCUCGAUGCACGCGAGGACCCCGAGAGAAGCAUACCUUUGGCACAUAGCUAUUCCGGGGUCCAAGGCUGA